AUGGGGACGGUUAAAGGACAUCUCAUUAGAAAAAUAGAGCUCAACCGAGAACAUUUUCGCGCCAUAAUUUAUUACAACUUUCAGAAAGAAUUAUCGCAACAAGAAUGCGUUGCUGAGUUACUUCUUAGCGAUGAUCCCAGGGUGGGUGCUCCAAAAACGGCAGUCACCCAGGAAAAUGUCGAUGCUGUGCGCAAACUCAUGAUUGAAGAUAGACAUGUGACAUAUCGCGAGAUUGAGGCGUCCUUGAAGAUCUCAAAAAACUCAAUUCAAAAAAAUUUACAUGAAGAAUUGGGAGUCAGAAAAUUAGUUUCUCGUUGGAUACCCCACCUGUUGACUGAAGAGCAGAAAGCAGACAGGGUUAAUUGGUGUCAAAUAACGCUUGACCGUUUCAAUUCCGGAAAUGGUGAUGAAUCGUGGAUUUACUGUUAUGAACCAGAAAAUAAACUACAGUCAGCUCCAACAAAAGUCAUCCGGUCUCGAAGUGUUUCGAAAAAUAUGCCUCUUAAUGAGCAAAGAACUGUUACUGCGGAUUGGUAUACCACCAUUUGUUUGCCAAAAGUCAUCACCGAGCUUCGAAAAAUCAACCCCGAAAGAAGAAUCAUUCUGCACCGAGACGAUGCAAGCUCGCACACAGACCAAAAAACAAGGCAGUAUUUAACAGAAGAAAAUGUGGAAUUAUUGGACCAUCCUCCAUAUAGUCCCGAUCGAAGUCCUAACGAUUUCUUUACUUUCCCGAAAAUUAAAAACAGACUGCGUGGUCAAAGGUUCGAGUCACCAGAAGAAGCAGUUGACGCAUUCAAAAAUGCCGUUUUGGAUCUGCCAGCAAACGAGUGGAAUAAGUGCUUCGAAAAUUGGUUCGAGCGCAUACAAGCCGUAAUUCUUUUCUGCCGCUACACCAACGGGCUUUGCUCCUCGGAGCUCUCUUCCAUGAUGCCGCCGCGCGAUCUUCGUUCAUCCAGAACUGGGCGAUACGACCGCCCCUUUGUACCGAGAGUUUUGAGACUGUGGAACAAUCUACAAGAGGAAGCUUUUCCCAGUUCUACUAACCUUAGUCAGUUCAAAAAUCGUAUUAACAAAAUUUCUUUGGGACCAUCCUAG